UUUUACAUCACUGUUUUGUGGUUGCUGGUCUUGCCAAAUUUCCUAACCGAGAUAAACUUAAUUUUACACAGAACCAAACCAAUGGCCAUGGCGAAUGUGGAUAAGGGCGAGCUUAUGGAUCAGGUGAAGCAACAGAUUGCUGUGGCCAAUGCCCAAGAACUGCUCACGCAAAUGACGCAAAAGUGCUUCAAAAAGUGUGUCAAUAAACCGGGAACCUCUCUCGACUCCUCAGAACAGAAAUGCAUUUCCAUGUGCAUGGACCGGUUUAUGGACUCGUGGAACCUCAUCUCUAGGACGUACGGUCAAAGAUUACAACGCGAGCAAUCCAAUUUCUAGGGACACAUGGCUUCUGCAUUUCGGGGCAGAUCGGGACUAAAUACAUCUGCCUGCUAUUGAUUAGUUGUAAUAUUUACAGUUUAAUAUGCAAUAAAAACAUGUGUUACGUGA